AUGCGAUCCAGUCUAUCAAAAGCCAAAGUCAAAUGCGUCCACAAUGGAACUGCACCUUGCUCAAGAUGUGACAGAUUGAGAACCUCUGGCUGCGAACUCACGAGACCCCAGGUCAGAUCUGCGAAGAAAGUCGUAAGAAGACUUCAGACUGCUUCAGUCGCUUCGACUCCACGUGGCGAUGAUGUCUCAGUAAUUUCGGCCUCGUCUGUCUUGAGUCCCGUGACGCCUAUCCCAUCAAGACAAACGACUUCCCACAAUGAACUUGAUACAAUGGACGAGCACCUGACAAGUUUACCAAUGGGCGUUAUCUUGAAGGCUCUAAACAUAUUCACUUCCAAGUUUCCUGAGUUGAGAAUUCUCCAGGCCUCAUCUUUCAUGAAGGAGUAUCAGACUGUCCGAACCAAAGAGGGCAAAGCACUUCUCGCUACAACUCUUGCAAUUACUAGGAAACAAUGUUCGAUAGUCACAGGAGAUUGGUUAAAAGGCUUGAGGAGCAGCGAGUCAUACGCGACGUAUGCUUGGAGUACAUUAUCUGAUGCUAUACUCCAACCACCAAAGGUACAAGUGGUGCAGGCUUUACUCAUCUUGACCUUAUAUGAAUGGGGUGUGCGUGAAUAUCACAAAGCUUGGAUGCACUGCGGUAUGGCAAUACGUAUCAUGCAAUCUCUACACAGCUCCCGCAUCAGUCCCCAUCCGCUCGACGUCUCACAGAACAGCGACAUAGAUGCCAUGGCCAUCGCUGUUGAAUCACGAACAUACUGGGCCUGUUUCAUAAUGGAUUGUACCAUCAACUCAGGAACGUACAACCCACGUAUGCUUCCCAUGUCGGAAAUGCAGAAACUGAAAGUGCCUCGACCACUCAACUACACCGACUUCGCAUUUGGCUUCGAUGCUACUUCGCUCAACUAUAGCGCGGGGGACUUGACCGGUCUCGCUCAGGGAUUUGAGUCAAUAGCUCUCGGUUUUGACAUCUACGCUCAAGCCAUGUCUUUCGUUUUCAACAAUGGACGGUGUGCACCAGGCAUGUGUGCGGCUGAGAAUUGUCCCUGGGUUCCUAGCUCGUCCUGGUAUCAGUGUCGAAGUCGACUAGAAGAAUGGAGGAAAAGUCAGCAUGAGAGACUUUGGUAUCCGCAACAUAGUGUUGUUGUGCACAUGACGCUCGGUCAUGGUGAAUCCUUCAUCUAUCUCAACAUGCUCUACUACCUGACUACCAUUAUGCUACACCGAGAAUACUUCCCUUUCUUGCCCAUCGGAGAUAUGACACCUCGAGGUCCUGUAGACCCGCCAUUGCUCGAAGCAGAAGCUCCACCAGGUUGGUGGGAUGAAAGUGCCAGAGAGUUGUUCCUUGCAGCAGAACAAAUCGCCUGCUUGCUACAAGAAGCAUCAGAAUGUGGCAUCCCCCUAAUGACACCUUUUUCUGGAUUUUGUGCUUUUACAGCAUGUUUCCUGAAUCUCUACGUAUUCCGAUAUCCCAGGAUGAAUCUGGGUCGGAGUAAGAGGGCUGAGCAACUGAUGAAUUGGGGAUUGGAGUACCUUGAAGAGUUCCAAAACGCCUGGGAAUUGGCAGGUGGUUGGAUCAAAACUAUUCAAAACUCAUCCCUGCUGUACAAGAGAGCUACAGAAGACGAAGGCCGAUACAGAGGUCGAUCUAGAGCUGAUUUUGAGACUUUACAUCAGUCGAUUCACGAAUAUCGUAUUGUGGAUAGAUCGGAUCAGCAUCUACAGCAGAUAAGCCAUGCAGAUCGAAACUCAACGCGAAGGGAAGAUGGAAAUGAUGCACCGGUACAAUCACAGGGCCAAUCCAUGAACACAGCUAUCAAUGUCUCUGUACCUGACCCGUUUCCAAAUUGGUGGUCAAUGUUGCAGGAAGUCGAGUUUACUGAUAUUGGGAAUCUAUGGAAUGGACCACGUGAAAUGUAG